AUGAGUUCCUCUCCACUGGUGUCUCGAGCCAACAUGGACCUCCUGGACGAGCUGCAGCUGAUCGCAGCCCAGAACCUGGAGAGGCUGGAAGUCAACAAGUACUACGAGGUGAUCAGGGAGCUAGGCAAGGGCACCUACGGCAAGGUGGACCUGGUCAUCCACAAGAUCAGAGGUACAAAAAUGGCACUGAAGUUCCUGAAGAAGAAGACAACCAAGCUGAAAUCGUUCCUCCGAGAGUACAGCAUCUCACUCUACCUGUCCCCCUGUCCUUUCAUCAUCAACAUGUUCGGUAUUGCCUUCGAGACAGACGACUACUAUGUGUUUGCACAGGAGUACGCUCUGGCAGGGGACCUAUUCGAUAUCAUUCCUCCACAGGUCGGUCUUCCUGAAGCGUUGGCAAAGCGCUGUGUGCACCAGGUAGCCAUUGCUCUGGACUACCUGCACUGUAAGAAGCUGGUCCACAGGGACAUCAAGCCUGAAAACAUCCUCAUUUUUGACAGAGAGUGCCGCAAGGUCAAACUGUCAGAUUUCGGUAUGACUCGCCGAGCUGGCUCACCUGUGAAAAGAGUGAGUGGCACCAUCCCCUACACGGCCCCGGAGCUCUGCGACGUGACCCGCCACGAGGGGUUCUUCGUGGACUACAGCACUGACGUUUGGGCCUUCGGCGUGCUGCUUUUCUGCAUGCUGACCGGAAACUUCCCCUGGGAGAAGGCGCUGCCCUCGGACUCCUUCUACCAGGAGUUCAUUCGCUGGCAGAAGAGGAGGACGAACACGGUGCCGUCCCAAUGGAGACGCUUCACAGACCAAGCCCUUUGCAUGUUCCGCCGGCUGCUCUCUGUGGAACAGGACCGCCGCUGCUCUGUCAAAGAGGUCUCCGGUUACUUCAGACACUCCUGGAUGCUGGACACAGAGAACAACAACAACAACGGCAAUGAGGUGGACGGCACUAUCUCAUCAUCUUCAUCCGGGGAGGAAGACGAGGAGCUCCUUGUAGAGAGGAUGAAGCAGCAGACUUUAUCUCCUCUCUCCCCGCUUUCGCCUCUCUCUCCCAUGUCUCUGGUGGCCGUGGAGAGGGGGAGUGGGGGCGGUGCUAAGGGCGGGAUGAUGGAACCAGGCAGCGGCCACCAUUUCGUGUCCGUCUCCACCAACAGCUCCGUGUCGUCCACCAACAGUUACGAUCGAAUACCGCGAGAGAACAGUUCUCCAGGGGGCCGCAUGUUGGUGACCACGCCCAUUGAGAUCUGCGUCUGA